AUGGGUGCUCCGGAAAGCGCCACGUCGCUGCCGUGGCCGGAGGAUUUGAAGUCUGCUUUAUCCGAGGGGAAGGUGGUUAUCCAUUUUGGAGGCAACGAUGUCUUACCAGAACGUCUCGGCGAAAUGCACCACCGGAUAUCGGCCGCUAUCACGGGCCGUGGCAACGAAAUGGUCUAUCACGAUUGGGAAGAAUUAUACAACGUUUCUUCCUCCUCUGCAACCGCGUUCCCGAAAAAGUUACGUCGGCAAUUUUCUGCCGCAGUGGUGGAUCGCGGGUAUUCGAUUCUUUUUCGAGAUCACGAUCGGUACCGAACUACGAUAUUGCCGAAAGACUACGCAGAACUAAGCAUACCAGUUCGGAUGCGCGGCUUCUACACUACAAUGAGAGCAUACAAGGGCUGGAGACACGUGGUACUUGUCUCCUCUCGAGUCACAACGGGCGGGGACAUUACAUUGACCGAAGAUGGCGUUACGGUGAAAUUCACGGUUAUUCCGAUACCGCCUGGGACUGUUCGGAAAGCCUAUUUGUACUGUCUUCUUUCGAGUUUCAUUCAGCCCUCACUUGAUCCUAGUUCCAAUGCGGAAAUUGUAAAGAUCAAGGCAUCGCUGAAAGAAAGGUACCCAGAGCAGUAUACCCAGUUCUCUGAGCUUGAAUGA